CUGCUUGUGCUGAUCAGUUCCGUCAAAGCUGUUCCGUCGUAUGUUCUCUUGGAAAUGGGUGUGAACCAAGUGUAUGAGGGGAUAAGGAAGAGAAUGGCGUGUUUGACGGUCGUGGGCAAAAUUCCCGCAAUUGCUUCAACUGCGGAAUGGCUAUUUGAAGGAAGAAAAAUGACGGCAGACUCUCGCGUUACAAUACAACAUGGAUAUUUGACAAUUACUUCAACACGUGGUUCGGACACCGGAAAUUAUAGAUGCACAGAAAAACUUAAUGGUCGUCAGACAACUUCUGCAGCCAAAAAACUUACAGUGUUUAGAAAGAUGCCCGAAGACAAGCCACCAAAACCGUUAGUGUCUGCACAGACUGGUAGAAACGUGACAUUGAUAUUUGGCGGUCGCAACUACGUUACGGUGAAGUGGACGAAAGACGGUGUCAUGUUCAAACCGGGAAAAAGUGGCUACGCUCGUUUUCAAAACGAGGCUUCAGAAAAGGGACUCGAACUUCAUAUCACUGAUGCUGUAACGACAGACAGCGGAACGUACGUAUGCGAGCUGCACAGUCUGACAAGUCAGAAACGACAAGUGCAGCUGCUAGUGGAAGUUACACCGUCUACCGAGGUUGUGACCGUGUCAAUGUCAACAGAUGCCACCAGUGAGCCAAUACAGACUUCGCGUCUUCCAACGACUGUGCGAGUUCAACAUUACACAACACGUUUCGACAGCACCUCUAGCAAGACAACUAGCAGCACGCCCGUUUCAUCAGUCAAUACACACGCAUCUAUUACGGACACGCCUACCGUCGACUUCCGUAAAGUCACACCAUCUAAUACACGAUCGACUACACCAUCAACUUCCAAUCCAAUCACUGACAAAAUUUCUCAAAACGAAUCUCAGCCUUUGAUAGCGCUUUCUACGUGUGGAAAAACGGCAGAACGAACGCAAAUUCCGAAAUGGAUGCUAGUUGUCAUCGCAAUCGGUUGUCUCUCUGGUGUGUUUUCUGCUUGCAUAGGCGUGAUCUCCGUCGUCAAACGCUGUCGGACUCGGAAGCGUCAAAACAUUAGUAAACAUUCAGAAAUUCCAGAAGAAUGCGUACGCCAAAGAGGAAGAAUUUAUGACGUUUCUCGACUGUAUGAAACUAUUCCUGAAGAAGCCAAUGGCAAAAUCGGACCGUUUGUUACAGUGCCAACGACAGUCGGUUGUGACGUCACGUCUUUGAACAACGUCAUCGAUGCAACAUGUCCGAACCAGUACGAAACGGACGACUUCUCGCUUGAACAAGAAGAAGACCGCACUGUUAGUACGCGUACGUGCAACGUCGCAAUACAGCAAGAUCAUUCGACUGUGCAGCGGUGCAUUGAUCGGUCACGUGACCGACAGCCUUCGGUCAUUCCUCAUUAUGUCAACAUACUACCUGCGACGACUGACGUGUCGGUGCACGCAGCAAUCUAAUCAAGCACCGUUACACUCGUUGUCACGACAAUUGAUUGACUAUUUUUGUGUCACGUGGUUUGGCUGGACAACUGCUAGCUAGCUAGACAGCUAAUAGUAAAAAUGCAGUAGAAUGAUAGAGCAUGCAUGUUUAGCCUAAGAGUUUACGUGAGUAAUAGUUGCGCUUUAUUAUAAAACCUUAAUGAAUCGA